AGUCCUGCCUGGCCCAUGACCUUGAACUCCAGGGCGCAGCUCCGGAUACCACCCUGCCUGCACCUGCCUGGCCCGCUGCCCUUGGAACCUGGCAGGUCUGCACCUGCCAUUUACCUGUCCCUGCCCCGCCCCUUGCCUGCAGACUGGACGGAGGAGGAGACUAGGGCAGCCACCACGAGGCUGAGAUUCCCGCAGGUGCCUGGAGUGGGUUGGGGGAGUCGAGCCUGGAAGAUGCGCCCUGGGGCUUUGGCAGGCGCCUUCAAGGCCGCAUUCCUGGUCUUCGCCUCCCUUGGCGCCUGGUUCUCGGGGUACCUGCUGGUGGAGCUCCUUCCUGAAGUGCAGCUGUCCAGCACCGUCUACAGCAUCCAGAGCAUCGGUGAGAAGCCCAUCCUCAGAGCCCCACUGCCCAGGAGGCAGAAAUGCGACCACUGGACCCCGUGUCCUCCCAACACCUAUGCCUACCGGUUACUGAGCGGCGGGGGCAGAGACAAGCACGCCAAGAUCUGCUUUGAGGACGAGCUGCUCGUGGGAGAGAAGAUGGGGAAUGUCCAGAGAGGGAUAAACAUCGCCGUUGUCAACUAUGUAACUGGGAAGGUGAGAGCAACGCAGACGUUUGAUAUGUACGAAGGCGAUAACUCCGCGCCCCUGACCCAGUUCAUCCGGAGCGCACCCGCCAAGUCCCUGCUGCUCAUGGUGACCCACGACGACGGAAGCACCAGACUGAAAGCUGACGCCAAGAACGCCCUGGAGGCACUGGGCAGCAGAGAGAUCCGGAACAUGAGGUUCAGGUCCAGCUGGGUGUUCCUGGCUGCCACAGGCUUCCAGCUGCCCGAGGGACUUCCGAGGGAGAAGAUCAACCACUCUGACAACACCAAGAACAGGUACUCCGGCUGGCCGGCGGAGAUCCAGAUCGAGGGGUGCAUACCCAGGGAGCCCAGCUAGCAGUGCAUGGCCCCAAUAAAUUAACGUGUCUGUCUGGA